AUGUUCUCUAACGGUUGGCUUUGGUCGAUCAUUGCCAUGGCUGCAAUGGCAAGCAAUAAAGCCAUUGCAGCAGGUAGUGGAUCAAUACUAGACAAAGGCCAGUCAACGUUUACUAUUGGAUCUGCUUUUACAUUCAAUUUGAGCACAUCCAAUCAAGUUCUAACAAGCUUGGAAAGCAAAACUUCUUCACCUUUUCAAUUUUUAGCAUCACCUUUAUUGAACGAUCGCGCAACGCCAGGAUUUUAUCAUAUCGGUGACAUUGACUUGCGGUGGAGGAUAACAGGAGACAAUACUUGGAAUGACGUUAGCUCAGCUUUGGAUAGAUCUGCAGUCGUUCCGAUAAAUCCUGCUCCUGCAAAUACGUUUGCAAGUGCUGAUUUAACACCUUCUCUAGCACUUGGCGUAAAUGUUAAUCAAUCAACUUUACCUUUUACCGUUCAAAGAACAUGGUCUGGCUUGAAUGAUGAUACCUUGGUCUUGACUUUCAACGUCACAGCAAGCGGAGGAAAAGAUGUUGAGUUGGGAGGAGUCGGCUUUGCACAGGCAUACUACAAUAAUUGGUCAGGCCUGUCAAUUGAUGAUACGUACAGUAGUUGCGUCGUGUCUGAUCCUGCAAUUCACUCCGAUGGUGGAUAUGUUCAAGUAAAUCGAGUCAACGGCGCCUCACCAUCGCUGUUGGUAGCAGCAAUGAAUGACCAAUCCACCAGAACACCUUUAGUACAAUGGAGGAAUAUUCGUUCUCAAAAUGGUGGAAAUCCUACAUUGUAUACAGAUAACACUGCCGUCACUUUCACAAACGAAGGUCAUUAUCGAUGGAUGGUUGCUACGGCAGGAUUUACAUCUGAUGACGAGAAUAGCGCAAAGAAUAAUGGCGUUCAACGUGGAGAUGAUUGGGUCGAUCCAACUUCAAUCACGGUAAAAAGUGGUACUAGUCGUAUUUUUGCCCUUCGUUUCUUCUUGUCGAACGAUGGACCGAGAGGCAUUCAAUCUUGUUUGCAAUCUCACAAUGUUCCCGUUAUUACAGGUGUUCCCUCAAUGGUUCUCCGUCAAGGUGGAGAUACAAAUGACUUACUCGUACAGUAUGGCAGUGAUGCCACCGUUUCAGAAAUUUCUCCUGCCAACGCUGUAACUGUUCAAGAAAAAGGCAAGAAUAACGGUGUUCAAACCUUGACCUUAAAGCCAGCUGAGAAUGCAUUCGGAAGAGCUCGGAUCACCUUGACUUUUGCUGACGGCCUGGUGGAAACAGUGCAGGCCUACAUCAUUAAAAGUCCUUCGGAUACAAUGUCCGGUUAUGGUAGUGUGAUGACAUCAGACGCAUACUAUACCCGCGAAGAUGAUUAUUUCGGUCGAUAUGGAGUGAUGACAUACGAUCAUAUCAAACAAGAAAUCGUUCUUGAUGCAAAUUCAGCAUGGAUUGCUGGUCAAGGUGACGAAGGAGGUAGUGCGUACAUGGGAGUGUUUACGAAACAACAAUCGUAUCCCGUCAAAGACGAAGUAGCAAAACUUGAACAAUUUUUGAAUAGAACGAUUUAUGGACAAUUACAGUACCGUGAUGGAGCAAACGCAUCAAAUGUACGGAAAUCAUUGUUUUAUUAUGAUGCAAACGAUGCCAAUGCAGCACCGUAUUAUUCCUCUUCAGUCAAUCACGCCGGUACUUGGGGUCAUGAUGAAGCACAUAAAGUCGAUCGUGCGUACGACUAUCCCCAUGUUUGUAUCGCUUGGUGGUCUUUGUACCGUACCGCUCGUUAUCAUCAAGAUCUGACAACCGGUUCAUGGGAGUAUUAUCUUGACGGCGCAUACAAUACCAUCAUGGCAAUGUUCAACAAAACUUCAGAAUUUGAUGUAAGCUAUUAUACCCGAUUCGGUUUGAUGGAAGGUAGUAUGUUUGAAGCCGUUUUGUUGGAUUUGCAACGUGAAGGAUGGACUGAACAAGCAAAUGCCGUUGACCAAAAGAUGCACGCAAGGGAACAAAAUUGGAGUUCAGAGAAUAAUCCUUUUGGCAGUGAAUUUCCAUGGGAUUCUACCGGUCAAGAAGAAGUGUAUACCUGGUUACGUCAUUAUGGAGAUUUUGAAAAAGCUGAUUAUACGAUUGCAACCCUUACUGCGAUUCAAGGUUUAAUCGCUCAUUGGGCUUAUGGUGGUGACAAUAGACGUUAUUGGGAUUUCUUGUACUCUGCAAGCUUGGCGAGAUUUGAACGUAUGGGACAUCAUUAUGAAUCAGCCUUGAGUGCGAUUCCAUUAUUGGAUGCUUUCAGAAGGAAUCCAAAAGACGUAUUCUUGUUACAAUGUGCUUAUGCUGGCUUAGAAGGUUCAUUGACUGGUAUUCAACCAUCUGGCGCCCCUUCAACAGGUUUCCAUUUAUGGCCAGAUGCGAUGCAGUGGGAUGCAUGGUCAGGUGAUUCAGCUUUGGGAAUGUUUGGUCAUUUGUUCAGUACGGGUGCUUAUGUGAUCAAUGAAGCAUCUUUGGGCGGCUGGCGUGGCUUUAGGGCUGAGGUCACACAACAAGGUUCCUCAAUUACCGCAAAACCAACCGAUACGUUACGUCAAAGAGUGUUCAUCGCUUCUCAUGGUGCAUAUUUGACUUUGGAUGCAGGUUUCAUCUGUAGCGUUUCAUUUGAUUCACAAGAUAACAGUCAAAUUAAGGUAGAGCUUUGUUCUUCAAACGAUCAAUCUACUCAAAAUGCAUACUUGCGUGUGGAAAUGCCGGCUGGUGGGUCUGCAACCUACAAUGCACCUUCAGGAACAAAGACAUUCUUGGGAGCAUACGAAAUACCACUCUCAACAAGUCAAAAUACAGAAUUGAUUUUGACACGAUCUGGCUAAUUUAUAAUGCUGCCGUGGAUAAAAAUCGUUCUACAAUUUUGUAAACUCUGCUCUUGCUUAU